CUUUCUCCCUAUUACAAAGCCCGUGCGACUGACUUCUGGCCAUCCCGACAGCUGCAGACAAAGCCGCCCUCUGAAAAGGUUGCUCGAAGGCAGAAAGAAGCGCCCAUCUGUCGCGCAUCCCAGCAUGGCUCAACCAGGAUCCAGGGGCUGCUGGACUUGCAGAGAUCGCAGAGUCCGUUGCGAUCGCACUCUUCCGCACUGUCGAGCUUGCGCCAGAUCAAAACGGCAAUGCCAAGGGUAUGGUUUGAGGCUGUCCUGGCCGCGAGAGCGCGACCCAAAGCGGUUCAUCGUGGGACCUGCUCCAGUUACAUCCACCAAGUCGCGAUGGCGGCCAGGGGUAGGGGACACUAGUGGUGGUGACGACGAGGGGUGUGCCAGCUUCCAGAGCAACAAGUCGUACUGGUUCGUCCACACAGGGGCUGAAGACGUCGAAGUCUAUCACGACCUGGUCGCGUCCCGUAGUGACUUGCACAGCUGGCAAAGAUUCGUCCGGCUUCAAUGGCCGAGGUUCCCUCUCAACAGCCCGCUGAUCUGGAGCUCGCUCGAGCUCGGCGACCUUGGCAAGCCUCUGAUGCAGUACUUCUACACCAUUGCGUACACGGCGAUACCUACUUUUAGCGCCUACUCGACCACCAUUCGAGGUCUUCUAGUCCGAAUGGCUUUCAGCAACAAUGGCUUGCCUGCCCAAGCUCUGCGCUAUGGAAUGCUUGCCUUGGCCAGCGUCCAUCGAAAUGAGGACGUCUCGAUCAGCAUGAGAUACAAAGGGCUCGCGCUGCGGGCGCUGGCAAACUCAACUGAUGAGGUUGCCCGCAGUGCCGGAGAGGCGGCCAGGCAUGUUGCUGCAGUGAUGCUGCUGUCCUCGUUAUAUAUGCAAGCGUGCUUCAUGACGGGGAACGAGUGGAUCAGCUACCUCGCCGGCGCUCGGGAGCUAACCAAGAAGUCACGGUUUGCCCUCAUGGUACACGACAGCGACGACAUUUCCGAGCUGAUGGACUGGGUGUAUCACCAAGACGUCUUUUCGCGCUUCAGUAGCUUCCACUGGCGCCGGGGCUAUGGCAAUCCGCAUCGGCGUCUAGACGAGGUGCCUGAAUAUCAGCCCUACGCCCAUCCACUCCAGGCUCCGAAACCCAACCGCAAGAUUCUGAGCCUGUUUCACGAUGUCUUUGACGCUAUGAAGUACCAGCCGCUCACCGCGAGCGGCAUGGGGCUCACUCAAGAUGAGGAGCUGGCCCGGCUGCUCGACCUGCAGGAGCAAGUGCGCAAUGCCAAGUAUGUGGAACAGUGCCCACCACGGUCGGGAACGCUUGACGUUAUGGAGACGGAAGACGAGCUCGCGAGGCGGGAUCUGGUGGACAUGCCUGCGGUGUUUGAGCUGUACCGGCUGGCGGCGCUCACGUGCCUGGCGCGGACUGGCGAGUCGCGGUUCGGGCUGCCGGCCAAGAUUGAUGGCCUUCUGGAGGACGCUCUGGGGAUCAUGAGGCGGAUGGAGACGUGCCAGCGGCAGUUCCCGGUGCUGGUGCUGGGGACGCAGGCCAAGACGGAACCGCAGAGGCGAGCGGUGGUGGACCUGUUGGACCGGACGACGGACGCGCUGACGGGGAGGACCAUGGCAUGCCUGAAGCGGUCGGUCGAGGUGUCGUGGGUGCAAAUGGAUCUGCACGCAGACCAGGACCUGAUUCUCGACUUUAGCCAGCUGAUGAGGACGCUGUGCGGCAACUGCUCCUCCGUGCCCAACCUGGCCUGAGGCAGCCCCAGGAAGGGAUCGUGCAAACAUUGGAAACCGGACCACCACCUGGAUCUGUAAGGUGGUCCGUACAUCAGGCAGGCAUAUAUUGUACGCAACAUGCAUGAGAACUUGCAAAUUUGAC